GCCAGUGGGGAGAUCCGGAGAAGAGGGAAUGCGCGGGGAUAGGCAGUUAUGGGGUUGGGCCGGGGGUGACAGAGAUGUCCCCGGGCUCCUAAAUCAUUCUGAGGGGGUAAAGGAGAACAGUGGACCAAAAAAAGGUAAAAGUCAGCCCUCCCUGGACUUUUUUGAGGCCACGCCCCCUCUCCCAAUGUCUUCCCAAGGUGUCAGGAGCCGCUAUGAGCCUCCCAGUUCCAGGAUGGAUGCCAUGCAUCCUUUCCACCUGGAUUUCUUGGGACUCCCCAAUAAAUCCACCCCGAAGCCAGAAUAUGUCUCUACACCAGAAACAGAAAAUCAAAACCAGCCACAAUCAGCGUUAAAAGCCCUGCAACACCAACUGGAAUCAUUUCAGGCUCUCCGCAUGCAAACUUUACAAAAUGUUAGUAUGGUGCAAUCUGAAAUUAGUGAAAUUCUGAAUAAAAGUAUUAUUGAUGUAGAGAGUCCACCACAGUUUAGUACAGAAAAGGCAAACAAGAAACCUGUUGAGAACUUUAUGGAAGAACAAACUGUCAGAACAUUAUAUAAGGACAGUCAAGGCCAAAAGAUGUUAAAGCAGCCUACAGAGAAUACAGAAGAAAUCCUCCCGAAGAAGAAAAUUAAUCUUUUUGAGGAGUCCAGUACUAUUCAUUCUGUAGGGGAAAAAUCCGGUUCUGUCACUGGCAAUAGUGUCUUACACGGUGUAUCUACUCCAUCUCAGGUCAUUUCUAAGAACAUAUCAACUUUGACAAAACAAACAAAUAGAUCAACUGUAAGCCCAAACAUGAAUACCUUGGAAAAAUCAAACUUACUCAAGAAUUGCAAUGACUUUUAUAGUUUCCUAUCUUAUGUAAAUCAAAGUCUGUCUUCUGUCAAUACAGCUUUUCCAACUGAAUCUAAAUGUACUAUGCCGCUUCUUGAAGAAGAAUAUGGUGGAAACUUAGAUGACGUUUGCUAUGCAAUCAAAAAAAUGAAAAAUGAGCUUCAAAGAUCACAUGAAAGAGAACUAACUCUUGCAAAGGAACUUCAUAAGCUAAAGAUUGCUACAGAUGUUCACAGUUAUAGUUCAAAUAUUCCAUUUUCUACAAAAUUGGAAAAAAGUGAAUCUAUUAAGAAAGAAAAUAUAGGUGGUGAAUUAAAUGAGGACAUAAAAUCAAGCAGCAUUUUGGAGUUGGAGGCAUUAGUAAACAAAUUGAUUCCACUAGGGGAAACAAUGUCAAAAUUUUGUACUAAUUAUUGUCAGAAUUGUCAAAACUUAUCUGAGAAUGAGUCUACAGCAAAUUUUAACUCCAUUGCUAUACAAAGUGAAGUAAUGAGUGAGAAAAAAAAUAAGGAAAUUUCUAACACUGACAUAAUUAAAUAUUUACAAUUGGAUUCUAGCAAUCUAAAAGAUACAUCAUCAUUAAUUGACCAAACAGAACGUGAAAUGAAAGAUAAAGAAAAGCAACUGUUUGAGUUAUAUCAAGGAUCACUAAAGCUUGAAAAUGAGAAGUCAUCAAAAAUCAAUCCAGUAACUGACCAAUAUGUUGCAAAAAUUCAGUAUUUACAGAAUUAUCUUAAAGAAUCUGUGGAAGUACAGAAGAAAGUGCUAGGACUGGAAAAUGAAAAUCUUGACCUAAAGACAAAAAUAAAACCCAUGGUUUAUACCAUACAGUCCCUGAUGCAAAAAAAUUCAGCUUAUCAAAAUCAACUUAGGGAUUUAGUUGAAGACAAGAAAACCAUUCAGGCUAAAUUAAGUAAAGCAGAAGAAGAUAAUAAAGAAUGUAUUGUUGAACUGAAAAGAAUAAUACAGAAGUAUAGUGAACUCCAAAAUGUCAAUAAAAUUCUAGAAGAAAAAAAUGGUCAACUCUGUUUGGAGAUACAACACAUGGUUGAAUUAAUAAAUCAGUUAAAAAUUAAAGAGGAGAAAACUCAAAAUGAUAUGGUUCUUGUCAAUCAUGAAAUGACUCGAUUGACAGUGGAACUGGAAUCUCUGAAAACAAGUAAUUCAGUGUUACAAAAUGACAAACAGAUGCUGGAAAGAAAAGCAUGCCAGCUUCAAAAAGAAAAUAAUUCACUUGAACAUGAACUAAAAGGAAAUCAUUUGGAGAUACUGCAACUAAAAGAAAAAGAGAGAAUAACAAAAUCUGAUAAAGAGUCUCUUCUACAAAUGAUACAGAGUGCUAAAAAUGAAAAGCUUAAUCUUGAAGCCACAUUACAUGAAUCUACAGCUGCCAGACAGAUAAUAGAGAAAGAAGUUGAAAAAAUCCAGUCCUACCAAUGUGAUGCAAAGGAGAAGUUUCAAGUCGAACUUCAAAAUGCAAAAUCCAAAGCCACCUUUUUUAAGAAUGGCAUGUCUGAAAUGGGCAAGGAAUGUGAGAAGUUAUCCAAAAUGGUCAAGGGUCUUCAAUCAGAUAAUCAAGUUCUAAAAGAAGAACUAAAGAAGCAUACCCAAGAAAAUCUAAAAUUUGCUAAGAACAUUAGUAGGUUAACUGAAGACAAAGUGCUUUUAGAAAACUAUUUAAGAACAGUAGAAAAUGAAAGGGAUAGUUUGCAAUUUGAGGUGAAGCGUCAACGAGAUUACUUUACCUCAGGUAAAGUAUUUUCAAAUAAACAUCGUGAGCUGACUCAGCUGACUUAUGUAGCAAGAAGUGAACAUUGUCAUUUUGAUAACUAGUGAUACUUAUGAAAAAAAUUUAAUUUCAGGAAUAUUUUAGAGCAUGAUCUAUAAGGCAUGUCAUCUAAACUACAUCACUCUCAUUCUUUCAAGAAAUGUUAAUAAAUAUUUGUGACCAAUUAAAAAAAAAAAACUUUGUCUAUGUACUUUGUUCCCUCAAUAAAUUUAGUUAAAUCUGGGGGUUUGGUUUUUUAAAUAGUAUUUUAUCUUUCCAGUUACAUGAAAAGUCAAUUGAGUUCGUUUUUUCUUUCUCCUUCCCUCCUUUUCCCUUUUCCUAAAAAAGUAAGCAAAUUUAUAUAGUUAUAUAUAUGCAAUCAUGUAAAACAUAUUUCCAUGUUAAUCAUAUUCUGAAAGAAGAAACUAAAGGGAAAAAACAAGAACAUUUGGAAAAAAUAAAAUGAAAAUAGUCAUGCUUUAAUCUGCAUUCAGAGUCCAACAGUUCUUUCUCUUGAUAUAGGUAGCAUUUUCCAUCAUAAAUUCUUUAGAAUUAUUUUGGAUUAUAUUGGUGAAAAGGGCUAGGUAGGGCAUUCAUAGUUGAUCAUUAUACAGUGUUGUUGUUAUAUCAUUAUACAGUGUUGUUAUUUUGUACAAUAUUCUGGUUCUCUUCACUUCUCUUUGCAUCAGUUCAUGUAAGUCUUUCCAUGUUUUCUGAAAUUCAUCUGCUCAGCAUUUCUUCUAUCACAAUAGUAUUCUAUUACAUUCAUAUACCACAGCUUGUUUAGCCAUUCCUCAAUUGAUGGGUAUCCCCUCAAAUUUCAAUUUUUACCACAAAAAGAGCUAUUAAUAUUUUUGUGCAUUUGGUCCUUUCCUUUUUUUUUUUAUGAUCUCUUUAGGAUACAGAUCUAGGUGCAGAGUUUGGUUGCCUUUUGGGCAUAGUUCCAAAUUGCUCUUUAGAAUGGUUGGAUCAGUUCACAAUUCCAACAAUGUUAUUAGUGUCCCAAUUUUCCCAUAUUCCCACCAACAUUAUCUUUUCUUGUCAUCUUAGCCAAUCUGAUAGAUGUGAUAGGUACCUCAGAGUUCUUUUAAUUUGCAUUUCUCUAUUCAAAAAUUAUUUUGAGCAUUCAUAUGGCUAUAGUAGCUUUGGAUUUCUUCAUCUGAAAACUGCCUCUUCAUAUCAUUUGACCAUUUAUCAAUUGAGGAAUAACUUGUAUUAAAAAAUUUAGCUCAGUUCCCUAUAUAUUGGAGACACUUGCUGUAAAGAUUUUCAGCUUUCUGUUUUCCUUUCAAUCUUGGUGUAAUAGUUUUAUGUAAAAACUGUUUAAUAAAAUCAAAAUUACCUAUUUCAUAUUUGGUAAUGCCUUCUGUCUCUUGUUUGGUUAUGAAUUCUUCCCUUCUCCAUAGAUCUAACAAGUAAAUUAUUCCUUGCUUUCCUAAUAUGCUUAUGCCACCACCCUAUAUGUGUAAAUUCAUGUAUUCAUUUUGAUCUUAUCUUGCUAUAUACAAUGUAAAAUGUUGAUCUAUACCUAGUUUCUGUCAUAUUUUCCAGUUUUCUCAGUAAUUUUUGUUAGCAAGUUGUUAUCCUAGAGGCUGAUUUAUCAAAUACUAAGUUACUAUGGUCAUUUACUGCUGGCUUGUAUACCUAAUGUAUUCCACUGAUCAACCAUUUUAUUUCCUAGCCAGUAUCAAUUAGUUUGAAUAGUUGCCACUUCAUAAUAUGGUUUGAGAGCUGAUACUGUUAAGCUAAUUCUUUUGCAUUUGUUUUACUGUCUAGAU